GACAGCUCCCGACAUCUCUGCCGUGCCACAACCGAAGCCCACGAGCGCGCGCGAGUGGGACGGGUCAGCGUCCGGAACAGGUUUGGCUCUGGAUGGCCUCCUCCCCUCAUAAGUGAGCAUUAUGGAUUAGUGGAGGGGAGGCGACUGUAAAUCCCCACUGUUGUGCUGAUCUGGAUUUAAACGCUGGACAGAUACAUUGUCAUUUGAGGAUAGUAGCAGGCGAGCCGGGACAAUGGAUACGAACAUGCGCAAAUUUACGGUGCGAAGAUGGUUUUCCGUGUACCUGCGGAGAAAGUCGCGAUCCAAAAGCUCGAGUCUAUGCAAACUAGAGGAUGACAGCAUCUUAAAGGAGUUUGAUAUCAGCCAUCAUGUGAAAGAGGGCUUUGAGAAGGCCGACCCGUCACAGUUCGAGCUGCUCAAGGUGUUGGGUCAGGGCUCCUACGGAAAGGUGUUCUUGGUGAGAAAAAUCAGAGGUUCAGAUACAGGACAACUCUAUGCCAUGAAGGUCUUGAAAAAAGCAACACUAAAAGUGCGGGACAGAGUGAGAUCGAAAAUGGAGCGAGACAUUCUCGCAGAAGUGAAUCAUCCCUUCAUUGUCAAACUCCACUAUGCCUUUCAGACAGAAGGAAAGCUGUACCUUAUACUGGACUUUCUCAGAGGGGGAGAUCUUUUCACACGCCUCUCCAAAGAGGUAAUGUUUACAGAGGAAGAUGUGAAGUUCUAUUUGGCUGAGCUGGCCUUGGCUUUGGACCAUCUUCAUAGUCUGGGCAUCAUCUACCGUGAUCUUAAACCAGAGAAUAUUCUCCUUGAUGAAGAGGGCCACAUAAAGAUCACAGAUUUUGGCCUGAGCAAAGAGGCAAUCGACCAUGACAAACGAGCGUACUCCUUCUGCGGGACCAUCGAGUACAUGGCCCCAGAGGUGGUCAACAGACGAGGUCACACUCAAAGUGCUGAUUGGUGGUCCUUCGGCGUCUUAAUGUUUGAAAUGCUGACCGGAUCCCUGCCAUUUCAAGGCAAAGACCGCAAAGAGACAAUGGCACUUAUUCUCAAGGCAAAACUCGGCAUGCCACAGUUCCUCAGCCCAGAGGUCCAGAGUUUACUGCGGGCUCUUUUCAAAAGAAACCCUUCCAAUAGAUUAGGCGCAGGACCAGAUGGAGUGGAAGAAAUCAAGCGGCAUAUAUUUUUCGCAACAGUAGACUGGAAUAAAUUGUACAGACGAGAAAUCAAGCCUCCUUUCAAACCAGCCGUGGGCCGACCAGAGGACACUUUCCAUUUUGAUCCUGAGUUCACGUCCCGCACGCCGACAGACUCACCCGGAGUUCCAGCCAGCGCUAACUCACACCAGCUCUUCCGCGGCUUCAGCUUCGUGGCCUCUAACCUGGGUCAAGAACAGCCACUGGCCGAGACCAAGCAGAGCUCUGUUAACCCCAUUGUACAGCAACUUCAUGGUAACAACAUUCAUUUCAAUGACGGCUAUGAGUUGAAGGAGGAUAUCGGCAUUGGAGCGUAUUCGGUCUGCAAACGCUGUGUCCACAGAAUCACCAGUGUGGAGUAUGCUGUCAAAAUUAUUGACAAAGCCAAGAGGGACCCGUCUGAAGAGAUCGAGAUUCUCCUGAGAUACGGCCAGCACCCAAACAUCAUUACUCUGAAAGAUGUCUAUGACGACGGUAAAUGUGUGUAUGUGGUGAUGGAGCUGAUGAGAGGAGGAGAGCUGCUGGACCGGAUCCUACAGCAGAAGUGCUUCUCAGAGCGCGAGGCCUCAGCUGUGCUCUGCACCAUCACCAAGACUGUGGAGUAUCUGCAUUCACAGGGGGUUGUGCAUCGAGACUUGAAGCCCAGUAACAUCCUGUACGUCGAUGAAACAGGUGACCCAGAGUCCAUCAGAAUAUGUGAUUUUGGGUUUGCCAAACAGUUAAGGGCUGAAAAUGGUCUGCUCAUGACACCGUGCUACACUGCAAACUUUGUGGCCCCAGAGGUCCUGAAGAGACAGGGAUAUGAUGCCGCCUGUGAUAUCUGGAGCCUAGGAAUCUUACUGUACACCAUGUUGGCAGGUUUCACGCCCUUCGCUAACGGCCCUGACGACACACCAGAAGAGAUCUUGGCUCGCAUUGGCAGUGGGAAAUUUGCCCUGUCAGGAGGCAACUGGGACACGGUGUCUGACGCAGCCAAGGACAUUGUAACUAAAAUGCUGCAUGUGGACCCUCAUCAGCGGCUGACGGCACCUCUUGUUCUCAGACAUCCCUGGAUAGUGAACUGCGAUCAGUUAUCUCAGAGCCAGCUGAUCCGACAGGACGUGCAGCUGGUGAAGGGGGCGAUGGCUGCCACAUACUCAGCUUUGAAUCGGUCACCUCAGGCCCCAAAACUGGAGCCAGUGCUUUCCUCCUGUCUGGCUCAGAGAAGAGGCAUGAAAAGACUCACAUCCACUCGUCUAUAGCACUCCAGCCAGACACAUGAGCUUCUACAGCUUUAAGAAAUGUCGGAGCUCACAGGCUUCGGACGAGGUACCAGGCGAACGCCAAAACAUCCGGAGCAGAGUGGGGAAACUAGAUUGACCUCAGAGUGUCGGAUCAAUCUCCAAAGAGUGAACAAAAUGAUCUGCUGAUGUCCUGAGACUGAUGAGGGCCAGAUGCAAACAUCACGGCUGUCAGGACUCGAAAACAGCUCUUUCAGAGCGGGACGUGUGUGCGUGUGUGUGUGUGUGUGUGUGUGUGUGUGUGUGUGCCACCCCUGUGAAUUUCUGGAGUGUGCAUCAUGAAGUGAUACGUUUUAAUGGUGCAUAACAAAGAUUGCAGUUAUUGUUCCCAAACUGUGUGCAGUCGGUUGGAAAGCCAGUCGUUCAUAAAAGUUGCAGACACUUCCAUUAGAGCCAUGUAGAAGUUAGUAGAAGAUGCUUUGGCCUAUCAUGGUGACAGUGCUGCACUUUAAGAUACGUGCCAGCAUCUUUUGAACAUGCAUGCCAUGUACAGUAUGUAUUUUUAUGACAAACUAAUGGUUCUAAGAUGCUAGUGAAAGCACAAAGAGCAUUGUUCGUGUUUUUUUGGUUUACCAGUAACCUUUAAUUUUGUCUGAUUUCAUUGGUCUUAUGUAAUGAAAACAACUGUUUUUUAAUUAUGUUUAAUUCUAUUUUUUUUUCAUCUUGCAAAUUUGCACCACAUUGGUUUUAUAUUAUUGAUUGAUUUAUUUAUGAAUAAUUUUGUUGAUAUGCACGUUUAUUUAUAUUUCUGUUAAAUUAUUUCAAUAUUUAUGUGUUUAUUAAUGAUAUCCGGUAUCUGUUUGUUUUUAAGUGACCUUUAUGCAUUGACACCUAAACCUAAACAAGUGCCACACCUUUACACUGGAUCGAUUGAAUAAUGAUAAAGAAAUAAAAUAAAGACUUUAAAGAAUAGAAUCAUGUACAUGUAUUUUCGUUUAAAUUUAAAUUUAAAUAAUAAUAAAAUGUGUAAAUACAGUUUGAACUAGAUUUCCAAAUUGUAUCUAUCUUAUUGCAAAGUCUUUAAUGAUCUUGAAAACACGAUACGCUUUAUGUACCGAGGUCAUUAUCUAUUAAUUUAAUUAUAAAUUGUUAUAAACCUAUAGUUAUAGUUUAAAUCUUCUAUUCGUUUAUUUUAGAGUUGACCAGUGUUAAAUCCUUCUUUUGUUUAAAAGUCACAACUUGUCUAUACGCAUUAAUGACAGUGUAUUAGGAAAUGGGCUUUCCACACAUAACACUCUCCGCUCUUUGAAACUUAUUUAAAGAUAUCCAGAAAUUAUGUUUGCAUGCUACACGAUUUGUAGCAGCCUCUGGAAGUUUAUUGAUAGCAUUACAGAUGAAAAUGACCUUAAUUUUGUAUGAAAAAGUGACUCUCCAAAAGACAGUCCAGUAUUUUUGUAUGAAUAUGAUGAUCACUUUUUCCAAAAUGAAGCUCUGAUAAGCAUAGGAACACAUUCUGGGCUGUUUGAUGACCUUUAGCCAAACACUUUAUCUUUUGCUGGUGUGGCUUAUUCAUUUUUAUUUAUUUUUUUUAUGUGAAGGUUUGCUUUUUUUGUUGUUGAGAAUGCAGGAUAUUUUUUCUUUUUUUUUUUUUUUUUUUUUUGUACAAUACCAGAAAACAAGUUUGUCAAUGCAUUAGUGUUUCUACUAGCUAAACCACACAGCUAAUGCUGUACAUCAGAUGGUUGCUAUACCAAACAGCAAUAGCUUCAGGAUCUGUCCUUGCUAGAAAAUAAAUUAUACUUUUAUGUCCUGUGUUGGCUUGUAUACCAACAAUUUACAAAUAAACAACGUAAAAACCUGA